GAAAACUCAUCAGCCGAGCUUCUUCGGUUCUUAUAAGCUCUCACUUCACGCUUCUACGUCCCAUCCUUGGAUGGUUCCAAACGGCCGGACCGAAAUUUUAGUAGAUUCGAGUUAAUCGAAUUGGUCUUACCAGGAGGGCCGUGCACGGUAUAACUCAGAAUGGCAUCGUCGAAGGUUCUCUCGUUCCUUCUGCUGUUCCUGGCUGCUCACGGAUCGUAUGGCCAGAAGCAACAACAGGAGGAUCCUUGCCAAACGAAAUCGAGGGUGGUGGGCGACAUCGAGUAUUGCGAUCGCUAUUGGGAGUGCGUGAACGGGCGUCCAGAGCUGUUCGAUUGUCCAAACGGUCUCGUUUUCGCUGGCAAACAUCGCGGUGUGACCGAGGGUUGCGAUUAUCCGUGGAGAGCGAACUAUUGCGAUGGCAAACGCCAAGCUAAUCCACCGAUACCAGCCGACCACUGCGACUGGCUGUACGGUAUUUUUGGCCACGAGACGUCUUGCACCAGGUACUGGACCUGCUGGAACGGCACGGCCACCGAGCAACUUUGCAUAGGUGGUCUUUUGUACAACGAGAGGGCCAGGUCCUGCGAUUGGCCAGAGAACGUCGAAGGGUGCCAGAAGCAUCCUCUCUGCAACGACGACGCGAACGGAAACGUCCCGCUGGGGAAGUCCUGCAACCGCUAUUGGCAAUGUCAAGGCGGCUAUCCGCGGCUACAAAGGUGUCCAGCGAUGUUGGUCUUCGACCGAAGGUCGCUGAGGUGCGUGGUCCCGCCCACGGAGGAUUGCGACGUGCCAACGACGCCACCCAAUCUCGAGGGUGACCUUCACGAAGGUCGAAACGAACAGGACCCCGAGGAGGAGAACCUGCCGCCAGGGGUUCCCCCGUUGCCGUCCGGCGCGUUGCCUAUACCGAUCCGUGCGCGUCCCAGAAACUAAAUCGCGGUCGUUAGACGCGAAAUGAUCAGCGACGAGCGUGAAUGAAAAAUUCUAUCCACGUUUCGGGAUACACGGGAACGGAAGCGACCUGGGUCGCGAUCGUGGCCAGGAACAAAACGAAUCCGUCGACGACAGUCGAACGAACGCACUCCCCGAACGAGUCACGCGCGAGCGUACGCGUAGUUGUUAAAUUUAAGUUUCGCGCCGCCGUCCAUGAGUCGUCGGCCAUCUUGCUCCGCCAUCUUGGAGAACGCGAAUCGAGGUACAAUUACGAUUUUCCGA